UUAUCGCCUAGCGUCUCGCCCACCAUCCCACAGCAUGUCAAGUGCGGAAGAUCGAAUCGAAGACCCAUUCAUCCCAGACAACAACAUGUCUUUCCCUCAGCACGACGAACCCACCGCUCAAAAGCGUAAGAUGAGCCAUUCUGACAACAUCGACGACGGCACACCACCAAUCCACGUCGACCCCAACCCAACCACCUCAUCAACCUCAGACACAGAAAACAUCAAAGUCGCUUACAACGGGCCUGCAACGAUUUACGUAGUGAUGCUGCGCGUAAGCAACGAGAGCUCUGCGCGUCCAAUGCCACAAGCCGCUUUCUUCGAUCGCAACAAGGCGCUCGCGUUUGCUACGAGGAUCUUGCUGCAGUGGUGUGACGCUCACUAUGAUGAUUACAUCUGGAAGGGUCCGGAAAGCUUGAGAAAUGGUUUGGUGGAGAGGUAUGCUGCGUACCAUGCUCAGAUUGGUCAGCAGCUUGCUGUUGCGGAUGUGAUUAGGGUGAGUGCCUUUGAUGCCCAGGAGACCGAGGUUGUUAUCAAGGNNAAAGAAGACAAGAAUGGGGAGAAGGACGAGGGAGCCAAGGAAAGGGAGGAUGAUUCAGAACAUCAUAAACAAUCCGAGGAAGAAUCUGAGGAGAGCUCAGAGGAUACUGGUAAACUCACUGCACACAAUGCUAUCGGGUCAACGACUGAGAAUCGUACAGCAACUUAUUCUUCCCGUUCAACUCAAACCCAGGNNAACAAGGUUUCGACUUACAUUCACACAGGAAAGACUCCCGCUCACUCAGAUCAAGCUGAGGAACCAGAGAUCGAUCUCAAUUCCGCAAGGUCACAGACUGACAAGGUUAUAGAAACGCUAUCGGCAAUGUUCGCUCACGGCCAUCAAGCUGCGUCUGGACAGUAUGCUAUGGAACUGGUCACCAGACUCGCGAAACGUUCUGAGGGAAAUGCUGUGAGUGGUACCCGUGGUCAAGGUGCUUGGAAAGAAGACCACGAGAUGAGAGUGUUCGGAGGCUCUACUGAA